CUGACAGUGGAGUUGCGGCGCUCAGAGGGGAGCAGCUGGUGCCGAAGUGCCAGGCUGACGGGGCUCGACUCGGGCGCUCUGAUCUGCGCCUGUGUGUCCACAGUCCAGGCAAGGCCAGGAGGAUUCUGGGGCUGUGCCAGAUUCCCGCACACACACGCUGACGGCUCCAGGUGCUUUUAGAGGACCCUCAGUGUGACAUGGCUGGAGCACAGAGAGCUGCUCCACGCUUGAUGAGUGACUGAUCUACCUUUUCACUCGCUUCUUAGGACAGCAGGAAUCAUAUGGAAUGGAACAACAAUUCAGAGCAGCUGCUUGCUCUUACACCUGGUCUUUAGGUCACAUAGACUGACAAUUUCAGCUGCACCUCGAAACUGUCCGAGACCCGACGCUCAGUGAGGAGAUGAGUUAGUGUGGGCGGAGCCCCGAGCGGAGAAGAGCCCAGCUGCGGCAGAGAGGAGGCGCUGUUCUCCUCUGGUUCGGCUGGUCCAGCGAAGAUGCGCGGCCGUGCUGUCGUCCUGCUGCUGCUCUGCUCCUGUGUUUCUGGGCACCUUUUCAGACCCAGCAUGGACCUGGACGUCACCCCACGCAUCACAGUGCCCUACAGCGGGCUGCUGGGAGCUCGCUGGUUCCGAGGCCCGGCUCUGAACUACAGCACCUUGCUGCUGGAGGAGGAGGAGGAGGAGGGGGGGGUCCUGUACGUCGGAGCGAGGGGGGCCAUGUUUGCGCUCAACGCCAGCAACAUCGCCGGGGGCGACCACAGGACCAUUCUUUGGGAAGCACCACUUUAUCAAAAGCAGCAGUGCUGGAGCAAAGGAAAAGACAACCAGACAGAAUGUUUUAAUCACAUCCGGUUCCUCCAGAGGUUCAACGAAACUCACCUAUACACCUGUGGAACAUACGCCUUCCGACCCGUCUGCACCUAUAUUGAUAUGGAGCAGUUUCGGAUCUCGUCCGCCCCCGAGGACGGGAGAGAGAAGUGUCCCCAUGACCCAGCCAAAGGCUACACUGGGAUCCUCGCAGACGGAGAGAUGUACUCCGCCUCGCAGUACGAGUUUCGCAGUCUUCCUGACAUCCGUCGCAACUUCCCCUAUCCCACGCUGAAGACAGAAGAGGCCCCCACCCGCUGGCUGUACGAGGCCGAAUUCGUGGACUCGGUGCUCCUGAGGGAGAGCGUUAACAGCUCCGUGGGUGACGACGACAAGGUCUACUUCUUCUUCACUGAGAAGAGCGCGGAGCCCACGCCCUACUUCAGCCAGGCCAAGGUGGCGCGAGUGGCACGGGUGUGCAAGGGUGACUGGGGUGGUCUGAGGACACUGCAGAAGAAGUGGACCUCCUUCCUCAAGGCUCGCCUCGUCUGCUCCAUGCCCGACUACGACUUCCACUUCAACAUCCUGCGCAGCAUGUUCGUGCUGCAGAGCCAGGGCUGGCGGAGCAGCGUGUUUUAUGGAGUCUUCGGCUCGCAGUGGAAAAACGUCAAGGCCUCUGCAAUUUGCCAGUACUCCAUUGAGGACAUAAAGAGGGCCUUUGAUGGCACCUACAUGGAGAACCAGGACUCCGCUCUGAAGUGGACCGAAUACACUGGGAAGGUCCCAGAACCUCGUCCGGGCUCGUGCAUCACAAACGAGUUGAGGGCCCGGGGAAUCAACUCUUCGCGGGACUUCCCAGACAGCGUCCUCAACUUCGUCAGGAGACACCCCCUCAUGUUCCAGCAGGUCCGCCCCCAGCAAGAGCGCCCCCUGCUGUUCAAGAGGAACGUGGACUACACCAAAAUCGCCGUGCACAGAGUCACAGCUCUGGACGGACAGAACUACGACAUGCUAUUCAUCGGAACAGAUGAUGGCUGGCUGCACAGGGCUGUGGGGAUCGGUCCUCAUAUGCACAUCAUUGACGAGAUGCAGCUCUUUGAAAAGCCGCAACCCAUCGACAGGCUGGUCAUCUCUGAGGCCCAGAGGAGUAUCUACGUGGGCUCCAGCAGUGGGGUGCUGCAGCUGCCCCUGUCCUCCUGUCACAGAUAUACCUCCUGUUACAACUGCAUCUUCGCCCGGGAUCCUUACUGCGGCUGGGACGGGGCCCGUUGCUCUGAGAUAGCAUCGCAUACCAACAGAUCCAGCCUGACCCAGGACAUCAUGAAUGGAAACUCUGGCUGUGGGAACAGCACAGGUGAAGAGUCGGCGGGGCACAGGCGCCGCUCGGUGCUGAUGGGAGACGACCUGCUGCUGCAGUGCGAGCUCAGCUCCAACCUGGCUGUCCCGCAGUGGACGCUGGACGGCAGCGACCUGCCGGGGUACGGCACCGACUCCGGCUACCGGAUCGGGACCGACGGGCUACUCAUCGUCGAGGCCCGGCCGGAGCAGAGCGGGAGGUACAGCUGCUUCGCUGCCGAGAACGGGGUCCAAGUGCUGGUGGCCGCCUACACCGUGAAGGUUCGCCGGGAUCUUCCUCCACCGACCAUCCAGGUCCUCCCCUCCUCCGAGCCGCAGCUGCCCACCCUCCCAGCGCCUCUGCCCUCUCAGCCUGGAUACCUGAUCUUCCGGAGCUUGGAGGCCGUGUACAUCACGCUGAUCGUGGUGCUGGGGGGGCUGUGCUUCGUGCUGACAGUGGUGCUGCUUUACCUGGCUUUCUGCCUGCAGAGCCGGCGGGGGAAGUACUCCCUGCACUCGCGCGCAGCCAAGAGGAGCUCCCACCUGGAGCUCCAGACCAUCUCCAGCAACUGCGUGGGCAGGCGAGAGCACGAGGCGGACACGGCCGACGGGCUGCUGCAGAUCGUCCCGGGCGAGGGCCACGCCUCCCCGAACAAGGAGCCGCCGCCGCCUCCCCCGCCCCCGCCGCCUCUGCCCUCCUCGGAGUACGCCAACGGCCUUUCUGCCACCCUGCCCAGCGUCCUGCGCAAGAUGAACGGCAACAGCUACGUGCUGCUGCGGCAGAGCGACCCUGAGACCACCUCCCCCCUCUACCACUCGUUCACCGAGGAGCUCAACCGCAUCCUGGAGAAGAGGAAGCACACCCAGUUACUGGCCAAGCCCGAUGAGAGUUCUGUGUAGCGCCGUCUGAGCGGCUCCCCCUUGUGGUGGGGCGGCCUAAUUGCUAUAUUUAAUCAUCCGCUGCCACCUGCUGUACAAGUGCCUGAGCCCCAGCUGUUUGUUUUACGCCCCGAACUCACAGAUUUCAGUAUAAAACUCCCAAGACAAUGGCAAGUCGACAACAGCUACAAAAAGUUGUCGCACCUUUUUCUGGUUAUGCCUCGGGAGGAGAUCAAAGUCUGGAAAAACGUUGUGUUAUAAGAGACACGGUGGGGUUGUUCUGGAGCCUGACCUUGUGCUCUUCAGAGGGAACAAAAAUGGCCAGACCCACUCACAUCUACCUCAGCAUAUUCCAGGUGCAGUGGUGCCUGCGUGUGGAUUGUUUCCUGAAGGAGGGGAGCAUGGGAUUCGGGGCUUGGCGCUGGAGCAGGGCGGGUGCUGGACUGGGACAGAGGGACAGUGGAGUCCCAUGUGGAGCUGAGUGCCGGGCAGCUGGCACUGAAACCCACCAGUCAGCCUUGCUUUACAGAGGAGGGUCCGAGAGAAGACCAGGAAAGGCUACCCUGUCGCAUGGCUGCGUAUGAACAGCCAACCAUACAAGUCCGAACAAAAGGCAAUUUUAAACAAUAAAUUAUGAGCUGCUUGAUUUGUAAAUAUUUUUGUACUUGCUGUAUAUUUCAUGUAGAAUGCUUAAAUAUUCAAAACUAAAAAAUAAGCAUAGUAAUAACUGGUACCUAUUGUGGUUUAACUUUGACUUGGAGCGGGGAUUUGACAUCUUUUUUUGAAAAGCUGUUCCAUUGGAAGGAGAUCGAGUGAGGAAAUCAGUGUUAACCCCUUGAAAUGCCCUUUGAGAACAUGCCUCUCCCUGGUUCAGCCACUGCUCUCGAUGUGCAGGGGACAUGGGACCAGGCAGGGUCGUGAGUGUGCAGCUGGUGGGGGGCAGGAGGAAACAGGGCAGCUGUAACUGUGACCACAGUGAAGCUGGAGGUCGCCUUCAGUUUCAAAUACAAAGUUCUCCACUCUACGCUGUAGACGGGCUGCAACAGGAAUGGAUGUCUGGGAUAAAGCGACUUCAGACGGAUCAAGGACCAUGGGGAGUAAUCUGCUUUAUUUGCGGAUACGUGUUUUUUUUCCCUUCACCCUCCACCUUUAGGGCCAAUUGAAGUUGCAGAUUAGGGCACUAAAGUCUAGAGGCCAAGCAAGAUUGCCCUGCUUCUCACCCCAUCAAGACUGGUCCUGCCCUGUCAACCCCAUCUCUCCUGCUGUAUUAAAGACCCCAGCCUGUCUGCCUCCAGACAGCUCAGUCCAAAAGGCAGUGUGCACAAGAUGAAACUCUGACAUCUCUGCGUCACAGCCCAGGGCUUGACAUGAAAGGAUGCUGUAAGCCUGACUAACCUGCAAGUGGCGCUGGACAGACCCCAGUAACUGGCCCCGUUGUCAUGACAGCAAGACGAGAGACAGUAUUGGAUAUUCAAAGUGGCUGUUCUGUGCCAGCUGUGUGUUUUGGAGGAGGAGAUUUCAGAGCGGUGGACGGGAUGAGGGUACUGAAGGAAGCAGGACAAGGAUCCUGUUGAGGCCUUUCACGGUCUUCAUCCCAGCCAAUACCCUGCCAUCGCCUGUCUCUCCAGGGAGAAGGAGAUCGGCCUUGGUGUCCUUCACACGCGCUGUGCUGGAGUCAGCAUGGCCAUCUGCUGACUACUGCAUGCCUCAAGACAUGGAAACCCUGGUGGCGAUGAGGCUCUUGCCCCAGAGCAGGGCUUCCUGUAUGAUCACAGGGCAGCUGUUCCUCUCACUGGGGGAACUCCAGUCAUAAACAUGUGACUUUGGGAUUCCAAAUAAACUCUUAAGCAAUGUCACCCUUCUUCAGCAAUAAAUAUGAGCCAUGUGCUACUCGGCAAUGAAGAGAAAUUCCCCCCUCCCCACGCUCAACAUUGUCGAUAACGCUUGUUUUACAGGAUACUGCGCAUAGACUUGCACUAUGUAAUAAGUGUGGGCUAAUUCUUUGGAUAUGGACUGUGGUGGCAGACUUCAUCUUGCUUGCUAGUUCUUUUGCUUUGACUCCCGAGUACGGCAAAGGAUGACCUUGCCUUGCCAGAACCUGAAGCAGGCGCCCUGCUCUCUGAGCGAGGAGGCGCACGGGGGUCGUGAGUCAUCGCUGCGUCAGCCGAGAGCCGACCACAAAGGCUAGCCACAGUGAAACUUGCUUUUCCUUCAGGCCUGGUGCCUGCUUUUUAAGCUGGAUCAGCCCAUUUUGUGUGGAUGCGUAUAGCACAUUGCACGCACAUAUUUAUGUUACAGGAAACCCCCAAUCCUCAUUUUCAGAGUUGCGUUUCUUAAAGGUAAACUGCUGAGCGAAAAUUUGGUAAAUGAAAAUGAAUCUCCUAAUAAUUUAAAGGCAGUAAUUAUAUGGUAUGGUGACCUGAGACACUACAGUGAUAAAUUAGAGAAAAGAAAGGAAAUUUUAUAGUACACAUAUAUGCAUUUAUUGUAUUGAACAGUAACUAAUUUAAAAUAAACAGUGCUAAUUAAGACAAAAUAUAAAGGAAAAAGGGAUUUGAGACCCGAGAAUAUAGCAAAUCUAUUUGGCAACAGGAUGUGUCCUUGAAGUGUUCAGCCUGUUCAUCUUUUUCAUAAUGUCUGGCUUCAUAUUGAGAUUUAUAAUCUGUCAAGAGUUCUUACCUUUAGAUACAGCAAGUUGACAAGUGCUAGGAGGGUAAGAUAUUUUGAGACAAAGUCUCAUAAAAAUGGGUAAUACACCAAGUACACCGAGUACAGUACACAACAAAUUAUACUGUACAAAUAAGGCAAAAGGGCUGUGCUAGGGAUUAUGGGCAGGAGUGGCAAUAUGGGCAUGGCAUGCUUUUCUAGUGAAAAUUCAUUACAUGUAUGUAAUGUAGUGAGUGGUGGCUCUAUGAGGAAGGCUCAAAAGCUGGGUUAUGUAAGUAUAAAGGGAAGGGAGUUCCAUAGGAGGGAAAAAAGCUGUUGGUACUGGAUCUCUAUGAAAUUAGCCACCCCUCUUAAAGGUAAUCAGUGUCCAGCUUCGAAGAAAGAUUUAGUCUACAUCUCGACCCCAGUCAGGAAGGAGAGUGAGAGCUUCACAGGGGUUCUUGCUAGACAAGGAUUGGCCUGUGAGACCCAACGAGCUCAGGUGUAACUUGAGGAAGGUGUGGUGACUGCUGUACUGAGGUGUGUCACAGCUUCUGGGGUGGUGGUGGCGUGGCAGCUUGUUUUCCAGGCUCAGUGGUAUAGAAGUGCGAUGCUGAGGAAUAGUGUUGGGUUGCUAGAUCACGGCUGACAGCACCUGGAGGAGUGAGAGACAGCCUGGCAGGGCAGCACUGACAGAUCUUCACACCUCAGAUGAAGGAGGAAGAGUCUCUACACGGGAGGGAAAAGAGAAGGCUCUCUAUGAACUUAACCACCUUUCUAAUGGAAAUCAUUUCACGGUCUGAAGCGCUUCAGACAAACGGCAGCUGAAGGAGUGAAGAAAGGGCAGUAAUAGGAAACCAGCUGCUGCUGUGUGGGGACACCAUGAGCUGGUAUAGAGCCUCUGGCCAAACAGGAUUAGUCAGCAGAAGAGUAGUGGAGAAUAGUGUAGUGAGAAAAGAGCGAAGAAAGUGGACUGAGCACCACUGAAUAAGGAAGUUGGAAAACUCUUUUCCACCAGGCAAAGAUUGUGAUCAGGAAAAGGGUGAAGAAUCCAAAGAGCUGUUUGAGAGUGAGAAGAGACCAGGAAAGAUCUAAGGGAGGAGUCUGCUCGGUUUUACCCAGGGUCCAACGAGAGAGCUACAUGUAUAGGAAAGUAUUGGAAAUGGGCCACCAAAACUCUAGAAGAGCACAGCAUUGUCACAAUAGGCUGAAAAGGGGGUUAAUUUCUGAAAUGCAUUAAUACAAUUUAAUUAAACACCUGUAAAGAGAGAAGAACUUGCAUGUCUCUUGGUAGCAUGUCAAGAGUGGGAAAAAAUGAGCUUUAGAGAAAGUGUCUUCAGUUUAGUGCCACCUUAGAUUUAUAGAGACAAAAACUAAUGAAGCUAUGGCUAUGCCAUUUCCCAAUUGCCCUUUUAUUCAUUUUUAAAUAUAAGACUGUAAAACAUCUACUAGAGGUACGUUGGAGGGAACUUCACAAGAGUUGGCCUUGUUUUUUGCAACCCUGCAUGAAAGAAGAGACUAGAGAUGUGUGCUGUUUCAGAAAAACUCCCACUGUCAUUUUGAAGUCGUUGCUAUGGGAAACCGUGCCAGCCCUCCAUGAGCUCCUGCAGACUCCGUUGAUGAAGAUGCUUGCUGGUGCACUUAAGACAGGACAGCUGGCAUUCACUCUGCUGUGUGCAGGCCUGCGUGUCACCCAACAAGACCCUCCGCUUUUGAAACACCAUGACAUCAUCAAUUUUGAUUUUAACAUUUUUUGCAAUAAUAUUAACAUAUAUGCUUAAACAUAGGCUAUAUUAUGCUAUUACAUUACAAAUAUGAGAACUCCGUGAAGACUAUUUGAUACCAUGUGGUUCAUCUUCUUGCUUUGGAAACUAAAGCUAAUGGGUGCUUGAGUGUCCCAGGACACACAACACCCAUGAUGCCCCAGGCAACCAUAGACCUGAGGAUAGGCUUCAUGGGGCAGGUUAAAGCAAUCACAGCUCACUGAAAGCCAAGUACUGACCCCCAACAGCUUAGCUCCACUCAGAAGGAUCCAGAGAUGACCCUCGUAAGAGUGAGAAACAGGCCAAUGAGCACUCAUGCUGAUGAGAGGAAAGCACGCUGCGUUCUGCUCACAAAGACCACGUGCUGCAAGACCGUUCCAGUGUGAUGCAGCUGUGCCUAACCCUAGAUUAGAGACAGAACAGAAAUCUGUUUGCUUAACUCUCAUGCUCAUGAUCUCAGCUAGGAUUGGUUGGCCUAUGAAAAAAUUGAAACUGGCAACUUUACUGCAAUGACUCUUAAGCCCACAUUAGCAGCUCCUGCCAUCUCCUGCUGUGUCCAAAAAGUCAGUGGGGCAAGAAUUUGUGUCAUCGAAGGAUGAGAUUGUCGUACCUUGCUGUAUGUGAUUGUGAAGUUUUAUUUCACGUUUUUUUAAAUAUGCUCUUUAUAUAAAAAUAGUUAUACUGUUAUCCUGCACUAGAAAAUAUGUUCUGCUGCACAGAAUCUUGUGGAAUGUUCAGCUGAAAUAUGCUCCAUCUGUGGCAGCACAAUUUACUACCGUCGUCCUGCAUGGUAAUAACUAAUAAGCUCAGCAGUCUGUGGCUUUAGAGCGUUCGUGUGAUGUACCCGCUCUGCCUCCUGCCUGCCGAUAAUUUAGUUCCAGUGACCUUUGUGAUGAAGCUCUGGGAUGGAAAAGAGCACGGCUAUGUGAAAAACUCCUUCGCACAAACAGUCGUGGUCAGAGUGGUCUGGUGUGCUGGCAAGCGCGUCGACAGAUGCACAAGGAAUAUGUGGGGACAACCAUGAUGCAAUAUUUGCAUAUGUGAAGGUGACACCAACUCCCAGUUUUUGGUAAAUUGUAAUUGGCAAAACGAAAAGCAAUUCAACAUUAACACCCUCUCACCCUACCGUCCACUUUGUGGAGUGAAGGACCCGCUAAAGGCUGCAGCUGGGAGAGACGUACUGUGCACCAUCCUGGGCUGGUGGUGUCUGGCCCCUUGUGUACUGCAGCCUGGGAAAUCAGUAGUCCACCAGCAGAUCAGGCACACAGGGUGGGCAAGAGAAGCACCCAGAGCACCCAGGGAUCUAAACUACAGGACCACUCACUCCUUCCCUACUUCAUUAUGCUAUUCAAGUUAGAUCGACCCAAAACCAAGGAUACAAAGGACACAAUUUCAGAAUAAAUGUUGUUAAAGUAUUAAUAAUGGAAGGAGAGGCUCUGGAAGAUAGUACACAUCCACAUUUUUUUCUCUUCCAUCUUCCCCUGACACUUGGGAGUCCUGUAGGAUAGAGCUUUUUAGCACAACUGUUUCAUCAAAAACUGGAAGCAGACAUCCCCACCCCCCACCCCGGACAACAAAAGCAUUUCUUAUGGCACAAUAAUGAUCAGGGCAUUGGCCAGAGAUUUUUAUAACUGGUACUAUUUCUGAAGAUAUUUUUAACAAGUUGAUUUGUUAAUGAGGUUAUGUGUUUCUAAGGAAGAAAAGACUUUUUAAAUUUCUGAAAGUUCCUGUAAGAGAAGUUUAAUGUUUCUGAGAGAUGUAUUCUUUUGUAAAAUAAAGUUGAAAAAACAAUUCUGUGUCUUGUUUUCUGUUUGUGAAAAUGUGU